AUGUCAGUAUUGAAUCCAUUAAGCAAGAACUUAAAGGUAGCUUUAAUUCAAAUAGCUGCUGGGGCUGAUAAAGCAGCCAACUUACAAAAGACAGGACAAUUUAUCACCAAAGCAGUUUCAAAUUCAACUAUUGGAAAAAUUGAUCUUGUUAUGUUACCUGAAUGUUUUAACUCACCUUAUGCUGUAGAUCAAUUCAGAAAUUAUGCUGAAGUUAUUCCUGGUGAAACCACCGAGUUUUUAAGUGGAUUAGCUAAACAGCACGGAAUUUAUUUGAUUGGUGGGUCAAUUCCUGAAUUGGAUAAAUCUGAUGAUAAAAUUUAUAAUACAUCACUUACAUUUAAUCCUCAAGGAGAGAUUAUUGCCAAACAUAGAAAAGUUCAUUUAUUCGACAUUGAUAUACCUAAUGGAAUCACUUUCAAGGAACUGAUUAGUUUAAGUGGUGGGGAUAAGGCAUCAGUUUUCAAAUUAGGGGAUUAUGGUAAUGUAGGAUUGGGUAUUUGUUAUGAUAUCAGAUUUCCUGAAUUAGCUUCAAUAGCUGCUAGAUCACCAAAUAAUUCAUUUGCAAUGUUCUAUCCAGGUGCUUUCAAUACUACCACUGGUCCUUUACAUUGGCAUUUAUUAGCUAGAUCAAGAGCUGUUGAUAAUCAAGUUUUCACUAUUCUUUGUUCUCCUGCCAGAGAUGUUAAUAAUGGAGGUUAUCAAGCAUAUGGACAUUCUUUGGUAGCUGAUCCUCAAGGUAAUAUCAUUGCUGAAGCUGGUGAAGGAGAAGAAAUAGUUUAUGCUGAACUUGAUCAAGAAUUAAUCCCUAAAGCUAGAACAGGUAUUCCAGUCAAUUUCCAAAGAAGAUUUGAUGUCUAUCCUGAUUAUGUCUCUGAGGGUAAAGCUAAAGUUUCUGAUUUAUAA